UAUAUUUUUUUGUUUCAAGGUCACUUAAAUCAGCACCUCACUCUCUUCUUUAUUUUUAAUUCAAAAAUAGUUAAUCGAUAGUAUUAGUCGAAGUGUGCAGUGAAUUAGUACAAACUGUCAUUCUUCUUAUUUAUUAAAACUGCUUUUGGUUUUAUUUUUAUAUGAUAAUUAAUUAGUGUAAUUUACAAUAAAAUGAAAAUGAACUCAUCUUUAAUAAUUGUAAACAAAAUGCAUCAGAUGUCUGUGCGCGGUUUUAACCCAAUUCGAUGUUUAUCGACUUCGAAAGUUCUUCCACAAAAAGAAGAGUGCAAAGUACUAGUUGUAGGCGCUGGUAGUGGAGGUUGUGCCAUGGCGGCAAAACUGUCUUCAAAGUUGGAAAAAGGGAAAGUGUUCGUACUUGAACCAGCGGAUAAACACUACUAUCAACCUAUGUUUACUUUGAUCGGAGGUGGCAUGAAACGUUUAGAACAGUCCUAUCGUUCGAUGUGUGAUGUCCUUCCAAAGAAUGCUAAAUGGAUUAAGGAAAAGGCGAUAGAAUUCGAUCCUAAUUCAAAUUCGGUAACAACAUCAUCUGGACGAAAAAUCACCUACGAUGUAUUAAUUGUAGGAACUGGCUUACAAUUGAACUACAAUAAGAUUCCUGGCCUCGAAGAAGCUCUUUCAAUACCAGAUGGAAAUGUUUGUUCUAUAUACUCACCAAAGUACGUAGAUAAAACUUACGAAGCCCUACAGAGAAUAGAAGACGGCAAUGCAAUUUUCACAUUUCCAGCAUCGCCUGUUAAAUGUCCUGGAGCGCCGCAAAAGAUAGUUUACAUAGCAGAGCAUUACUUUAGAAGGGCAAAUAAACGAAACAAAAUCAAUGUCAUUUACAAUACUGCCUUGCCAGUACUGUUUGGAGUGAAGUACUAUGCUGACGCAUUGUGGCCAAUUUGUAAGGAACGCAAUAUCAAUGUGAAUCUUUGUAGAAACCUCAUUGAGGUGCGUCCUAAGGAAAAUGUUGCAGUUUUUCAAAACUUAGAAAAACCUGAAGAAAUCUUUGAGGAAAAGUAUUCUAUGCUUCAUGCCGUACCGCCCAUGAGUGCUCCUGACGAGUUGGCAGCAUGUUCCGAAUUGGUAAACGAAGCUGGUUUUGUAAACGUUGAUAAGAACACAAUGCAGCAUGUUAAACAUAAGAAUGUAUUUGCUAUUGGAGAUAGCUCAGCAUCUCCGAAUUCCAAGACAGCUGCAGCUGCAGCUGCUCAAUCACCCGUUGUGUAUGAAAAUGUAUUAGCUUAUCUAAAUGGUAAGGAACUGAAGGGUUCUUAUGAUGGUUACGCAUCCUGCCCUCUUGUGACUGGCUAUAAUCGAGCUAUCUUGGCCGAGUUUGACUAUAAUUUAAAUCCCUUGGAAACGUUCCCAGUUCCUCAAAACAAAGAACGCUAUACAAUGUUUUUCAUGAAGAAGGAAUUGAUGCCUUCGCUCUAUUGGCAUAUGAUGCUUAAAGGCUAUUGGAAUGGACCAGCUUUAAUGAGGAACGCAUUAUCUGUUUUUAAAUUCGGGACAAAAUAGAUCGAUCGUGAACUUUUAUCAAAGCAGUAUAAAUAUAAUUUUAGGAUCUAACUUUGUUGACGCCAGUUUUUAAAAAAAAUCAAACAAAAAAACUUCAA